GGGAGACGGAGGGGAGGGGUCACGUGACCGUGGUGGGCGCCGCCGCCGCUGCUACUGCCGCUGCCGCCGCUUUGUGAGCACGUUGGGCAGAUUUUCUAUUUUGUACAUACAUUGUUUUGUAUAUACUGUAUAUGAUGACUUCGGUGGGCAGUGAACGUACUCGGGGCACACGAGAAAAAACACAGAUUUCAACCACGCAGCUGACACAGCCACAGAAACCAGUAGUCCAGGCAACAGCAGAACAAAUUCGCCUUGCCCAAAUGAUCUAUGAUAAGAACGAUGCAGACUUUGAGGAUAAAGUGAAACAACUCAUGGAAGUGACAGGGAAGAAUCAGGACGACUGCAUAGUUGCUCUACAUGAUUGUAAUGGAGAUGUGAACAGAGCAAUCAAUAUCUUGCUGGAAGGAAGCUCAGAUACAACUUCGUGGGAGACGGUGGGAGGAAAGAAGAAAAGUCUUGGAAAGGAGAGUUCAGAGAACAAAGAGGACAGAGAGAAGCGAGGGGACAGAGAAGUGAGCCGUGGACGGGGAAGUGCCAACAGACGAGGAAGAGGGGGCGGCCGCGGUCGAGAGCUUAGAACCGAAGAAAAUGGAGUGGAAACGCCCCCUGGUGAUAGGCCUUCUGAUCGUGGGAAGCGUGGCAGAGGGAGAGGAUUUGGACGGGCCAGAGGAAGAGGAGCUGGGAGAUUUUCAGCCCAGGGAAUGGGGACAUUUAACCCUGCAGAUUAUACCGAUUCUUCUGCCACAGAUGGCUUUGGAGCAAAACAAGACUCUUGGGAACCUGGAGAGAUUGAUGCAGAUGAUGGAACAGGAGCAUGGAAGAAUUCCAUAGAAGAAUGGACAGCCGAAGAUUGGAACGAAGAUCUUUCAGAAACAAAGGUCUUCACAGCUUCAUCGGUUCCAGCCGAGAACCAUGUUCCUUCUGGUCAGAGCGUGGACCUGGUGACGCUGCUUCGGAAUCCCGGUGCUUCUAGCCAAGACAUGGAGGCCGCUUCCUUUGAUACUCCACAGCAGCAAAACUUCGGUCAGGCACUCGUCUUCACUAACUCCCAGCACAAUCCUCAAAUGGCCUUGGGAACAACCAACCCAAGCACUGUGAACACUUACUCGCCACAAAGCCUGUCUUCGGUGCUCAGUUCUGGAUUCGGAGAGCUCGGCUCUUCCAAGUUAGCCAACUCCACUGGUUCUCAGAUUUUGGAGCAGCUGAAAUCUCCAGGUUUGGGCCAGUUCACCUCACAGGGUCCUCUCAGUACAACCUCUCCAGCGUCCACAACUCCAGCCUCAUCCUGGGAUGUGAAAUCUUCGACUUCAGAGCCUUCUGUCCUCAGCCAUUUUGACUUCAAAUCCCAGCCUGAGCCAUCCCCGGUCCUGAGUCAACUGACCCAGCGGCAACAGCAGCAGCCGCCGCCGCCCCCACCGGCAGCCACGGCCCCUCCAUCUGGACUGGAAUAUUUGGACCCCCCAAAAGCCCGAGAGCCCUUGCCAGUGGACAGCUGUGCAGCUGGCAGCAAAACGUUGCCGCUCUCCAGCCUGUCUCCAGAGGGUCCGGCGGCGCCAGCCCAUCAAGCACAGCAGAAGCAGAUCAAGCCGUCGAAGCGGAGGAUGCCCCCAGCUUCAAAAAUCCCUUCCUCCGCGGUGGAAAUGCCUGGAUCUACUGAUGUCUCUGGGCUAAACGUGCAGUUUGGAGCACUUGAAUUUGGGCUGGAACCUUCUCUCUCAGAGUUUGGACCUGCUUCAAGCUAUGAAAACAGCCCAGCACCUAAUAAUAGCCUGUACACGAAGCCUGUAAAUGAACCUUUGAAUACCUCUUUGCCAAUGUCCAAUACAGUACAGGAGUCCACCUACACCACCCCUGUCAUCACAUCCGGCCUGACCUGCUCUUCCCAGAGCGCUAGCCUUGUAACGGCCGCCCCCUCCUACGACCAGGCCUCUGUGCAUGACAGAAUGACAUACCAAAGUUCGGUGCCUCCGUCAGAACCUGCCUCGGCUGCUGUCGUGAAUGGACACAACAGUGUUCGAAUACAGCCAGCUCUUGACACUACUUCGUCAGUUCCCACGUCAAAGCCGGAAACCUCUCCUUCAUCGCUGCCUGCCAAAGGUUCUUCGUUGCCGAGCACCACGGCUGCCACUCCUUUGCUUCUGCCCUCAGCACCACCUCACACGCCAGCGCUUCCCUCAAACGACUUGGCCAACAGCUCCCUCUCCCAGCUGAGCAGUUCGCUCUCAGAUCAUCCAAGCAGCCUCCCUUCUGCCUCUUCCCACACGCACAGCAGUGUUGAGAAUGCCGCUGCCCUCCAGCCCGCCAGCGCCCUUUCAGCGGCUGCAACCAUGGCCACCACCUCUUCGGCCAUCAGCGUGGCCGGCACUACCAACAGCCUAGGCCUGAAUGCGACUAGCGUCUCUCUGCCAGUUCCCACCACGCGGGCAGCUCCCUUGGUGCCUUCAGGCAAAGCACCCCCCAACUUGCCCCAAGGUGUACCACCCUUGUUACAUAACCAGUAUUUUGUGGGACCUGGAGGACUUCUGCCUGCCUACCCACAGAUUUAUGGUUAUGAUGAUCUUCAAAUGCUCCAAUCCAGGCUGCCCAUGGAUUACUAUGGAAUUACAUUCCCUGCUCCUGCAACCUUGACGGGCAGAGAGGGGGCCCUUGCUAACAACCCUUACUCAGGUGAUGUCACAAAAUUUGGCCGUGGAGAUUCAGCUUCACCUGCACCUGCAACCACACUUGCCCAGGCUCAGCAGAACCAGACGCAAGCACAUCACACCGCUCAGCAACCCUUCCUCAACCCCACGUUGCCGCCUGGGUACAGCUACACCGGGUUACCAUAUUACGCUGGCGUGCCAGGGGUUCCCAGUGCUUUCCAGUACGGCCCCACCAUGUUCGUUCCUCCGGCAUCAGCCAAGCAGCAUGGCGUCACCUUGAACGCUGCCUCCACACCCUUCCAGCAGGCGAGCAGCUACGGCCAACACAGUUAUGGAGCAGGCUAUGAUGACCUUGCCCAGGGGACUGCAGCUGGAGACUACAGCAAAGGACCGUACGCUGCCGCCUCUCAAGCACAAAGCAAGUCAUCUGGUGGCGGAGCGGGGAAAGGUGUUUCUGUGACCUCGAGUAACACGGGUGUGCCUGAUAUUAGUGGCUCUGUCUACAACAAGGCUCAGGCUUUUGACAAGCAGGGAUUCCAUGCUGGGACUCCGCCCCCGUUCAACCUGCCCUCGGCCCUUGGCUCCACGGGGCCCCUGAACCCGGGGGCCGCUCCUGGCUACGCUCCGGCGCCCUUCCUCCACGUCUUGCCUGCCCACCAGCAGCCGCAUUCCCAGGUGCUGCACCAUCACCUCCAGCCGGAUGGGCAGGGUGGAUCUGGCCAGCGCGGUCAGCCCAGUGCCCUGCAGCAGAAGUCUCAGGCUGCCAAAAGCACCUAUGGAACAUCGCCAUACUGGACGAACUAAGCCCUGGCCCAGAGGAAGGGAAGGGAGGCGGCACGGAGCGGCCGGCGUCCUUCUCAGGCUCCCGCCCCCCACCGGAGAACAUCAACUGGGGAGGGAAGAAGAGACACCCCCCUCCCG